UUUAUCAUCAAGCAAUGCUCUUGAUUUGUCUUUACUUUGGAAAUGAAUCGGUAUAUAAGUUUAACUGCGUCUCAUAUUUCUCUGCAGCAGAUCUGAGUAGUUCUCAGUCCCAGGAAGAGUGAGAGUGCAGUGUGCACUAUGAGCGGGGCAGCGCUGGGAAUAGAGAUUGUGGUUGUGUUUUUCCUGGCUCUCUUCCUCCUGCAUCGGUAUGGCGACUUCAAGAAGCAGCAGCGUAUGGUUCUCUUUGGCACACUGCUGGCUUGGUAUUUAUGCUUUCUCAUCGUCUUCAUUCUUCCCCUGGAUGUCAGCACGACGAUCUACAAGCAGUGUUUAAUUGAUCAUGAAGCACAUGCCCAGACGCCCUCUGUGAGCCCCGUCCUUUCAAACCAGACCACUCCAAAUACCUCCAUCUCACCCAGUAAAAGCAACCAAAGUGUGUGCUAUAAACCAUGGAGCUACAUUCCAGAUGGCAUCAUGCCCGUGUUCUGGAGGGUUGUUUAUUGGACCUCACAGUGUCUUACAUGGCUCCUUCUGCCAUUCAUGCAGUCGUAUGCCCGUUCUGGAGGAUUCUCCAUUACUGGAAAGAUCAAGACGGCCCUCAUUGAGAAUGCUAUCUAUUAUGGCACAUACCUUUUCAUCUUUGGCUCUCUUCUCAUUUACGUGGCUGUGCAUUUUCAGUGGCACCUCACCUGGUAUGAGCUGCAAACCAUCGGCAUCACUGCGGCCAACACUUGGGGUCUGUUUCUUCUAGUGUUGCUGUUGGGCUAUGGCCUGGUCGAGAUUCCUCGUUCGUACUGGGAGGCCUCGCGCCAGGGACACCUCCUCAUCAAGACUUACUUCAAAGCGGCCAAGCUCAUGACAGAGAAGGCAGAUUCAGAGGAGAACCUAGAAGAUGUCAUGGAGGAAGUGAGAAAAAUCAAUGAAUCGAUCAAAUAUAAUCAUCCAUUUAGGAAGAAUGUUGACACCAUUCUUGGAAAGUGUCCAGUUGAAUAUCAGGAGAAAAUGGGCAGGAACGUGGAUGAGGAUUUUGAUGAUAAACAAAACGCAUAUCCUACUGAAAGAAGCCUUUCCAAACUACACAAGCAGGUGAUUUAUGCCGUGCAGCGACACAAUCGCACCCGCGUUCAGUGGCAAAUAUUGCUGGAACAGGCUUUUCAUCUCGAGGAUGUUGCUAAGAACGAAACCAGCACCUCUCGGCAGUUCGUUCACAGCUUUGCACCUCCAGAACCUGUAGGCUGGUUCAGACGCUACAUUUAUACUCCUUCAGUAGAGUGGUACUGGGAGUGUUUGCUGAAGCAGUGGUUUUACCGUGUACUGUCUGUGGUUCUGGCACUCUUUUCGAUGGCUGUGGUUUGGUCCGAGUGCACUUUCUUCAGCACUCGUCCUGUUCUGUCACUCUUUGCUGUGUUUAUUCAGCUUGCUGAGAGGGAUUACAACUACGUGUACAUUGAGAUGGCGUGCUUCAUUACCAUCUUUUUCCUCUGCACCUGUGUCUACUCCACUGUGUUUCGCAUUCGAGUCUUCAACUACUACUACCUGGCCUCACAUCACCAAACCGACGCUUACAGCCUGCAGUUCAGCGGCAUGCUUUUUUGUCGCUUGACACCCCCGCUUUGUCUAAACUUCCUGGGACUGAUUCACAUGGAUUCUGCCAUAUCCCAUCAAGCAAAGGAGCAGACGGCAUACACCUCUAUCAUGGGUUCUAUGCGCGUCCUGUCCUUCAUUGCCAAUGGCUUCUACAUCUAUUACCCAAUGCUGAUCGUCAUUCUCUGCAUUGCUACAUACUUCAGUCUGGGCACACGUUGCCUGAACCUCCUGGGUUUCCAGCAGUUCAUGGGAGACACCGAAAUGACUUCUGACUUCAUAGAUGAAGGCAGAGAGCUCCUGCACAGAGAAAGAAGAAAACGCCAAAGAAUAGAAGAAGGGGAGAACAGACGAAGAGAAUGGAGAGAGCGUUAUGCACAAAGUGAUGAGAUUGCUGCCAGAAACCGGAUGCCCAUGUCUGAGAUGAAGGAAACCAACUAUGGCGAAACCCUAAAUUCAAACACAAACCAGCAGGCCAAGUACACCCGUAGCAGCAGCCAGACAGGACGAGACAACAUUGAGUUGUUGCAGGACGCAGAGCCGUUGGACUUUAAUGCUGAAAAACUCAAUGAUGACCCUUUGCAAUCUGAACCUGGCAGACAUACCGGUGGAAGGUACCUCUCAAUGUCUUCUUCUCGAAGCCGAAUCUUUGAUGAUGUUUGAUGUUUCUCACUUUGGUCAAAAACACUGUCAUGAGAAAAUAAGCAGAAUUUUACCUCUAAAUCACUCAUCUCUACAGAUGUGGUCUGUCCCUCUCAUUUUAAACAUCUUUGACUUCCUGUAUCCUGUAAUGCAGUGUAGUCAUCUGCAUGCAUACUGACAAACACACAGACACAUAGAAAAACACACUUGUUUUGAAGUGUCAGGCAAUCAGACUGCUACUUGAGACAAAUGGGAAAUGUCUCUUUAGCUCACAGUUUCUUCAAGAAAUGAGUCAAAGUUUAUGCUGAAAAGUCGAGCACUGAGUCAUGAAAGGUACAACUGAUGGGGAAGAUUUAGAUCAACACACUGUUUCUCAUCAUUUACUACUGAAAGGUAUCAGGUAAUGUACCUGAGUGUUUACAUCAGUCAAGUAAAUAUGAACCGACUUCAAUGUGGCCAUUUUAUGUUAGUUGUUAUUGUGAAUAGAGAUUUUAUGGGUCUAGAUAUAGUCUUACAGAAUACUGUUUUUUUUGUUUUUUUUUAAGGAUUGAGGGUUUAGAAACCUGAAGUUAAAAUAACACUCAUAUUUAACCUUUCAAAGUAUUGUCUUUCGAGUAGUUCAUAUGGGAGGCAAAAAAUGUAUACAUAUACACACGCGCACACACACACACACACACACACACAUAUAUAUAUAUAUAUAUGUAUGUGUGUGUAGUCAAAUUCAUCUUAACAUUCAAUGAAAUUAUUCUUUUAACUGUAAUGAAUGAAGAAAAUAUAUUAACUUUAAGUCUAAUAUUUAUUUUCACAAACAUCUGGUACUUAAACGGUGUUAUUUAUAUCUUUUAGAAACAUUCUUUGCUUGUUUUAGAUGGCUUUUACUCAGCUGUUACUAACUUAUUUAUAAUGAAGUUAUAGUUCCAUUAUUUUAGCUCUAGUCUUGUGGAUGGAUGUCUGAUGCACUGGCAUGUAAAUCACUUAUUCAGAAUAGCUUUAUGGACACAUUCUGUUGUGUCAGGUUAAAUGGAUUACAAAAAGUACUUAUGUGCUGGUUUUCCAGGCUUCUAAUCAUCACUUCAUCACAAGUACAGUUUUCUUCUAGAAAACAGACCGUCGGUUUAUGAAUGUCUUGAAGGAAUCUGGUUAGCAACUACAUAACACGCUUCUAAAACAACAACAACACAAAAUUCUCUUUGUAAACCGAGUUAUCACGAAUAUCUUUGCAUGAUAUUCUACUGAAUAUGCUGAGAAGUCAUGUUUCUCACAGGAAGUGCAGUAGCAGCUAUGAUUAAUGUUUUUCACUACAAACAUAGUAUGUCUACUCUUCACACAGAUGCUAAACAUCAUGGUUUCAUAUUGAAUUAAUGUAUUUUCAUAACAAAUUCAGCCCUUCAAGUUUAAAUAAGAAGGGCCUUGUUUUGUGUUUUUUGGUUCUUACCUUUUGGUUUGCUGAUAAUUAUUCUUAUUUACUGUGUAUUUAUGAAGAUUUGGUUACCAUUGAGGUGUAAUCUUUUUGAUAUGGUCAGUCCUCAAGUCAUGUAUUGAUGAAGGCCAACUGGAGUCUAAUGCUGGAAUCUGUUGAUUUGUAUAUUUGGUGUUUAGUGAAUUGUGGUACAUUCCAAAAAGACACAUUUGUAAUCAUGCGAUUAUUAAUAAAUGAUUGAUUAAAUCGUA